CCCCCCCCCGCCGCCGCCACCAUGAUCUCCCUCACCGACAGCCAGAAGAUCGGCAUGGGACUGACGGGCUUCGGGGUGUUUUUCCUCUUCUUUGGAAUGAUCCUCUUUUUCGACAAAGCGCUUCUGGCCAUCGGCAACGUGUUAUUCGUGGCCGGCUUGGCUUUCGUCAUCGGCUUAGAGCGGACCUUCCGAUUCUUCUUCCAGAAGCACAAAAUGAAAGCCACGGGCUUCUUCCUCGGCGGCGUCUUCGUGGUCCUCGUGGGCUGGCCGUUGAUCGGGAUGAUCCUCGAAAUUUACGGAUUCUUCCUCUUAUUCAGCUCGUGGAUAAGGUCGGCGAAAGCAACAACAUGGUAUAACGACGAGAGCCGCCGGACGCGCGACGGUGUUAUUUAUCGAGUCCUCCCGGAGAAGAUUCGGCACAAGAUGCAAUCCUCCCCCACCCCGCCCUUCCCGUCCCCUUCCCGGUAGCUCCUUUCCGUCAACCUAAAAAUCCCUCGGGUCCUCCCGGCGCGAAGAGGACGGGACCCCCCGAGGGGAUGUGGCCGGGAUCCCUCGCGCGGACCGGAGGGGACCACGUCGACAUCGAGGCCGCCGAAGGCGUUUUCUACCGUCCGUUUGGGUCUUUGGUUGAUUUUCUCCCCCCCACCCCGACCCACCCGCAGGGCACCGAACCCCAAGGAACUGUAGAUCCCCAUCCCUUCCCUCCUUGUCCCGAAGGAGCGGAAGAGCCAAAAGGCAUUC